GUGAUUGGCCGGGGUUGUUGGCGCGCCCGGCCCGCGUGGGCCGGAUGCGCAAGUGUUGAGGGGGUCCUCGGCACCCCAUAAUUUUCUUGGGCGCCUCCUCGCCCAGGGCCAGCCGGGCUCCGCGCAGCCACAGGCUGAGGCCAGCGACUGCUGCUCUUUUCAGUGGCCGCCGGCCAGAUGGAAGAGCCUGCUGGGAAACCCCUCAGCUGUGAGGAGAAGGAAAAGUUGAAGGAAAAAUUAGCAUUCUUGAAAAGGGAAUACAGCAAGACACUGGCCCGCCUUCAGCGUGCCCAAAGAGCCGAGAAGGUUAAGAAUUCUAUUAAGAAAACAGUGGAAGAACAAGAUUCCUCACUGCAGCAAGAAGUUUCAGUACAACUAAACCACUCAGAACCUAGAAGCAGAUUAUCUCCCUGUGACACGUUACAAAUCAAUGCCCAUGUUGAUGAAGAAACUGGAGAAAAGACACCUGUCACACUUGAUAUUGAGCUGGAGUCCUUUAUCCCUGGACCUAGCCCAGUAGGAGGAUUAUGUAUACAAAGAUCAGAUGAUAUCCAGGAACAUUUUCCCUACGGCAUCAAUGGCCCUGAUGGUAAGAAAAGUCAGAGUAAGCUGCUAGGAAGAAGAAAGAAGCUGGAGAAAACACUGACUUCCCAGGAGAGAGAAUCUUUCUUUGACACUGAUUCACUCAUACUCUCUGGAAAAAGACUAAAGGAAGGGGCGGAAGUCAAUAGAGAAAAUCCUGGGGUCCCUCUAACUGAAACAAGAACUUCCCUUCCAAGUCCUAAGUCUGACAUUCCCCAUUCUGCAACACCUGUUUCAGAAGCUAAUGUAGGGAGUGUCUUAAUUCCAUCAAAUGGCAAACCGCACAGAGAUGUCGGUACACUCUCAAGAGGACAUAAUUUCCCCAGGGUGCCUGCCCUUCCUUGGCGUACUCCGUCAGACAGCAGUGGUCUGCAGCUUCAACAUAAGCCUCCUGAAAGUAUCUAUGAACUUAUUCCUUUUGGUUUAAAAAACAUUAGCCCCGCUCCACCCGCAAACUUAGAGGCACCCAACCAAAAAAUGACUGUCUUUGCAGAUAACACAGAGGUGAACGAAGCUGUAAGUGCAAGUGGUCAGCCACCUAGAAGUCGUAACUUAGAAGCAGAUCAUUCAUGUUCUGUAAAGGAACUCACUUAUGAUGAGUUUGUGGCAAGUGAAAACCCAAAUUUUAAAGAACAGAAUCACCCAGAGAUGUCUUUUAAAUCUUCCAGUAAUGCACUUGGUGGUAGAAAUGGAAGUCUUCUGGAAAAUGAGGCUCUAAGUCAACCAAAGAGUCUUAGCUUAGAAGUAUUUUCUCCUGUCCCUAUAGAAGAUCAAACACAUACUUGCACAAUGCUUGAAGGCCUUCCGUUUCCUGCGGAAUAUUAUGUUAGAACAACACGGCGCAUGUCAAAUUGCCAAAGGAAAGUGGCCCUGGAGGCUGUCAUUCAGAGUCAUUUGGGUGUCAGAAAAAAGGGUUUUAGACAUAAAAAUAAGGCAUCUGCUAACAAGUUAAACCUUGCCAAUGAAAAAACUAACCAAAAUGAAAUUAAGGUGUCUGAUACAUAUGCAAAACAAUCAAGUUCAAAAAGUCCUUCUCAGGAACUCCUCUCAUCAACUGAAGUCAGCUCUCCUGCUGGCACCACUAAAGAUGACUUCUCUAGGAAGACGGUUACCCAGCCAACUGGUAGAAAGUGCAGAGGAAAAAGAAAGUCAGUCUGUACCCCUAUGUCAGCUCAUCAUGAACUCCUUUUGCCAGCUUCUGGCACAUCAGGUGUUAAUAGUUCCAAGGAAGAAGUUGCCUUGCACCAAGAUCAGAAUGGAAAAGUAAUUAUUCAUGAUGAUACUUUCUGUGUUCCAUUUCGUAAGAAUGAAGUGCUCAGUUUAAAGCAGCUGUCAUCUUUUCUCAAAAUCACAGACUUUCAGUUACCGGAUGAAGACUUUGGGCUUCUUAAGCGUGAAAAACUGAAGCCCUGCUCAGAGAAGUUGAUUGAGCCUUUCAGAUCAAAAAUGUGUGGAGACAGGCCUCUUAAAGGAGGAGAUUGUAUCGUCGAGGAACUGACUCCUAAACAAAUCCGUAUAGACAAGGAAGACUUGGAAGAGGACCUGAUGAUUCGACCAGGAAAAGCCCAUCCUAAAAUGCCAAAGCCAAAAAGCCAGCCUCAGGAGAAGGGCCUGUCUUCAUCCAUUUUACUUUUGACUCCUGUAAACACGCUUGCACCUGAUGAUAAUGACAUCAGGGCGACAGCAGACCCGUGCUCACCUGCUUUCCCCAUCUUGGGCACUACUCCAGCUUUUGGCUCCCAAGCCUGCGGAGAAAAGGCUUUGGCAGAGGUUGUUGGACAAACUUGCUCUACCCCCCAGCUUUCGCACUUGCAAGCCGCAGUCAGCCUUGCUAGUGACCCUAAACACUGUGAAGGCUGGACCAGCCCAGCAAAACUAGAUGGAAGCCUGCAUGCAGCAGGAAAGGAAGGACCGCCUUCCUGUGACUGUGAUCCUGGUCCCCAAGCAACACCUCUCCUCACCAAGUCUUUCACCUACAAAGAAAAUCAGCUCUGUGUACAUACGUGCCAGGAAUCCUGGAAACCUUCCAUUGAACAGACUGAAGUAGCAGAUGUUCCCACUUGUGAUAGCUUAACCCCAGGUACUCUACAAUUGGUUUCAAAGUUAAAGAAUCCUUCAGGUUCCUGUUCUGUGGAUGUGAGUGCCAUGUGGUGGGAAACAGCUGGAUUCAAAGAGCCUUGUAUCAUAACUGCUUGUGAAUAUGUAGUUUCUCUUUGGAAACCUCUGGAUACUUGGCAGUGGGAAAAAAUGUAUUCCUGGCACUUCACAGAGGUUCCGGUAUUACAGAUCGUUCUACUGCCUGAUGUUUGUAAUCUCGUGUGUGUGGCUUUGGGAAAUUUGGAGAUCAGAGAAAUCAGGGCACUACUUUGUUCCUCUGAUGGUAAAAGUGAAAAGCAAGUGCUCCUGAGUUCUGGAAAUAUAAAAGCUGUGCUUGGCCUGACAAAGAGGAGGCUAGUCAGUAGCAAUGGGACUCUUUGUGAUCAGCAAGUAGAAAUCGUGACAUUUGCACAGGAUGGAGGAGGCAAAGACAGACAGUUUCUGAUGCCCCCUGAAGAGACUCUCCUAACUUUUGCUGAGGUUCAAGGGAUGCCGGAAGCUCUGCUUGGUACCACUAUAAUGAACAACGUUGUUAUUUGGAACUUAAAAACUGGUCAGCUCCUGAAAAAGAUGCACAUUGGUGACUCCUACCAAGCUUCAGUCUGUCACAGAGCUUAUUCUGAAAUGGGGCUCCUGUUUGUUGUUCUGAGUCACCCUUGUGCCAAAGAGAGCCAGCUGUUGGGAAGCCCUGUGUUUCAGCUGAUUGUGAUUAACCCGAAGACGACCUUGAGUGUGGGCGUGAUGCUCUACUGCCUUCCUCAGGGGCAGGCUGGAAGGUUCCUGGAAGGUGACGUGAAAGAUCAUUUUGCAGCAGCAGUACUGACUUCCGGAAGCAUUGCCAUUUGGGACUUACUCCUAGGUCAUUGCGCGGCUCUCCUUCCUCCUAUCUCUGACCAAAAUUGGUCUUUUGUUAAAUGGUCAGGUACAGAUUCUCAUUUGCUGGCUGGACAAAAAGAUGGAAAUAUAUUUGUAUACCGAUAUUCAUAAGUUAGGGUAGGGUGGAAACACAGUGUUCUGGAUAUUUUCGGCCUCUUCGUACUUUUUGGAGUUAUAAUUGUAGAGGAGACUAUCCGAAAGGUGUUUAAAAUAAUGUCUUGUAUUCCUUUAGACAUGCUUGUUAUACCAAUGGAAGGGGCACUACUGAUCUUGAAUGUUCAUUUAUACUUGAGGGAAAGGGAUUGUCAGUUGAUUUUUGUAAAUCCUCUCACAUUUACACAUUUGCUUUUAAAAGUGUAUAUAAAGCUUCAGAUGUUAAUAAAUAUGU